AUGCAUGCCAUGACCAAAUUCUCUCUGGACAUUUCCUCUGUCAAGGAGACUGAUAGUUGUAAAAUAGUAACGCACGAACAGGGCGAUAUCGAAACUCGCUUGUAUUCUUCCACAUCUGGCAACGCUAUUGAGAAGAUCGUAGACGGGGAUUUAGAGGUUUGCAAAAUGGACAAGGACCAGUUAUGUACCCUAUGUGAGCUUUACAUCAAGGACAAGUAUGCACUCUUGAUGUUACUCAUCAAAAGAGCCCAAAGCUUUUCCUUUUCCCGCUUCGAGAAAAGGGGAAGACAGUGGGAAUGGAUAGAUCAUAGAAUGUUUGAAAGCAGAGUUUAUAACCUGAGGAAAUAA